AUAACUUAAGUGAGGAUUUGGAGCUCAGAGUCCCUUCCGUCUAUCCAAGAAACAUCAUGGCUGAACCAGACUACAUAGACGAGGACAAUCCAGAGCUAAUUAGACCUCAGAAACUAAUUAACCCUGUCAAAUCAUCCCGGAAUCAUCAAGACCUUCACAGGGAGCUCCGCAUGAAUCAGAAAAGGGGUCUGGCUCCUCAGAAUAAACCAGAGCUGCAAAAGGUAAUGGAAAGACGGAAACGAGACCAAGUUAUCAAACAGCAGAAGGAAGAGGAGUCACGAAAGAAGAAAUCAGAUUUGGAAAUAGAGCUACUUAAACGGCAGCAGAAAUUGGAACAGCUUGAACUUGAAAAACAGAAGAUGCAGGAAGAGCAAGAGAACGCGCCUGAAUUUGUCAAAGUGAAGGGCAACUUGAGGAGGACCACUCAAGAAUCAGCAGAAGCCCAAGACUCCUAGAAGAGGAGCUGCUGAUAAGACUCGGAUCUCUCUCCUCUGGGGCUGCCUGGGAGAGGCUGCCUCAGCAAGGUCAUCUCACCCCUUUGCUAUGGAGGAAGAGAAUUCGCACCUGGGUAUAAAAUGUACUCAAUAUGAGGUCAGUUUCUGGAACGUGUGCAGACUGCAAGUUUAACUGAUACAAAUUCGCCAAUAAUACUGCAGCAAUCAGCGGAUAAACGAGCAACCCGUCGUCGGUGGAAAGAGCCUCCAAAGUGGUGACCGGGAAAACAAAUUGGACUUGUUGCUUUGCUUGUUUAUUCCUGAUCCAAGGCUAGUGGGGAUCUCAGGCUAGUGUAUGUAAUGUUUUUUUAUUUCUCCCUUGUCUACUUUGUGAAAUUCUGCUAUGCAGAAAAACAAAGCGUUCUGAAACCACUUAUCUUGUGUU